AUCUGUGAAUGAUCACAGAGGUCACAUGGUACAAGGCUAUUCACAACUGCCUUGUACCAUGUGACAAGCUGUGACCAAUCACAGCUCGCACAGUAUUUCUCAAUAGAUGCAGGAAUGCUACUCUGCAUGUGAUUACUGAUUGGCCAAUCAGUGAUCACAUGAUCGGGACCUCGCACGAUCGGGACGUCCAACGAUCGGUGUUCCACUGUGUCCGGAGGACACAGCGGGCACCGGAUCAUGGUGCUGUGCGCUCCCAGGGAACGCGCACAAGCAGGGUG